AUGGACAUCUUUCUGGACGUUCUAGACACAUUCAUACUCGAUCGGUGCUAUGCCUUUCUUUCGCCUGACCCAACCGCUAUCUUGAAAGAUGGGAGUUUGACUGCUCCUGAGUUGAAUCGACAUGUCAAAGUGUAUUAUCCUCUGCAGCCCUCAAAAUGGGCAGAAGCAAGCCUGUGGAAGAGAGAUGAUCUCUCGAGACAAGCAUUGUCAUUAUACUUGAUCACCUGGCUCUUCGCAAUGAUAAUGUACCUCCUCGGCAGCCUAGUCCUAUACCACACCCUAUUCGACAAAAGACUCCUCCGCCACCCCCGAUUCCUCGCAAACCAAAUCAAGCUCGAAAUCAACCAAGGCAUCUCCGCAAUUCCAACAAUAACCCUCCUCACAGUCCCCUUCUUCAUAGCAGAGAUAAGAGGAUGGUCAAAACUAUACGAUUUCACCAGCCAAUCCCCAUUCUGGGGAUACACAUUGCUGCAAUACCCGCUUUUCAUCUGCUUCACCGACAGUGGAAUCUACUGGAUUCAUCGCGGCCUGCAUCACCCACUCGUAUACCGCUGGCUUCACAAACCGCACCACAAAUGGGCUGUGCCGACGCCUUUUGCCAGUUAUGCUUUCCACCCGCUGGAUGGGUGGUCGCAGAGUCUUCCGUAUCAUAUUUUCCCGAUGAUUUUCCCCUUGCAGAAGGUUGCUUAUUUGGGGCUUUUUGUUUUCGUUACGAUGUGGACGGUCUUGAUUCAUGACGCUGAAUACCUGCCGACGUCGGAAAUCAUUAACGGAGCCUCUUGUCAUACGAUGCAUCAUCUUUACUUUAAUUAUAACUACGGCCAGUUCACAACGGCCUGGGAUCGACUGGGCGGGACCUAUCGCAAACCCAAAGGUGAUGCAUUCAUGGAAGCAAAGCCCGAACAUGGGAAGAUUGAGGGUAAACGUGACUGA